GGCAGCACAGUUAUCAGUAAAGUAUAAUCUGUUUAUUCAAAAUUUGUACAGUUACCAAUCGAAGAUGUCUAUUUCAGCACAGGAGGUAAAUUACACUCCUAGUAAAUGGAGCAAGAGAUUCGAUGAGACACAAGUAUUAAUGCAUUACUAUACAUUCGCCAAAGAAAUUACCGCAAAUGCUCGUAAAAAUCUGAAAUGCGAACUCGAUGUUCCAUAUGCUGCAACAGAACGAACUAAAUACGACAUCUAUGGAACUGAUCUAUCUAAAGAUGCUCCUAUAUUUGUAUUCGUUCACGGUGGUUAUUGGCAAGAAGGUAGUAAAGACAUGGCUGCAUUUGCAGCUCCUGUCUUUGUCCGCAAAGGAAUUAAAGUAAUAACCAUUGGUUACGAUUUAUGUCCUAAUGUUAAACUUAGAGAUAUAAUAUACCAAGUAAAAACGGCAGUUGAGCAUAUAUUAAAAUAUGCUUCGAGUUUGGGAUGUCGAAAUAUUUGGGUCUCUGGUCAUAGCGCUGGUGCUCAUUUAGCAGCCAGUCUUUUGUUUGAUGAAUUAUGGCUGGAUAAAAUGAUAGAACAGGGACACCUGAAUCUGUUGAAAGGUAUCGUGUUAAUAGGCGGCGUUUAUAAUUUAAAACCACUUGUCGAUACGAAUAUUAGUACAACUUUAAAACUUACAAAGGAUGAAAUCGACGCGUACAGCUUUACCACGCUGAAUACCAAAAAUAACACACCCAUCCAACAGUUGAAAGUUAUUGUCACUGCUGGACAAUGUGAUUCACCGGGACUUAUUAACGAAUCACGCGAAUGUGCUCAGAAACUUCUUACAAUGGUGGAUCAUGUUGAAUACAUUUUCCUUCGGGAAAAUAUCGAUCAUUUCGAUAUCGUGGAAAAACUCACGAAAGAAGAAUUUGUUCUGACGAAAGUGAUAUUGAGUAAUAUAUUACAUGAAUAGGAGGGAAUAAUUUUCGUAUAAACAACAUCUAACUGUACAAA